CAAGCACCCACUCGACUUGGUGGUUUUCGCCUUGCUAUGAUGAUAACGCCGGCUCCUGCUGGCACCGAGCCACGCCCCACCAGUUUGAAGAGCAGGCUUGUGGCUCUCCUCCCUCUGGCCUUCCUCCUCUCCGCCGCUCUUGCCGGCGCCGGCCUUGUCGUCCACCAGGCGGCAAAGCUCUUCGCCGGCUCCAGUCCAGAGGAGAAGUGGAACCUCGGCGACCUCGGGCUCUGCCGCGCGGAGGGCGCGUCCUGCCACGUGUGGGACUGCUGCGGCGUCAACGGCGAGCUUAAGCCCAUGUGGUGCAACCCUUUCGCGAGCGGGCAGAUCGGCAGCAUCGGCAAGGCGCGCUGCGUGGUGUGCGAGGAGGGCGUCGAGACGGGCAGCAAGGAGUUCCCCGGAACCCUCGUCGCCUGCGACGCGACCCAGCUGAACGCGCUCGGCAAGGAUGGCGGAGACAAGGUGGCGCUGCAGGCGGCGCAGAUCGCUGCCAACCUCGAGGCGGACCGCAUCAAGAGCUCGAUGGCGUACGUGCCCGCCGACGACGCGCGGGUCCGCUGAGCGAGACGCAGUCCCCCAAGAACCCACGUGCGCACGGAGAGCGGCUGGGGUUUGGGCAGCCGCCCGACAAGCGCGGUGUGAAGGCCUGCCGGCGAGUGGUGGUGUCGCUGGGAGGUCCGAGUGGCAUGAGGCGCCGCAGUUGAGCUUGGUGUGUGCGGUGUGUGCUCCGUCGGCGUAAUUCGCGUGUGGCGUGUCUCCGCGCUAGCCGUCUCGAGCCGAGAGUGGAGAGAGACGGGACUGCGCGCCUCGUCUCAGCUGCAUGAUUAGCGCGAGAAGUUGCUCAAGCUAUAGAGGCUGCCCAAGUAGUUGUGUCUGUGUUCUACCAGCGUGGCUAAUCAUCACACAUUGGACACCUUUAGAAUCGAAACAAAGCGGGCGGGCGACCGCGGACCGCGGUCGCCGCCCGCGUGCGCCGCUCACAGUCACACCCACGUCACUCCACAUGCGCCUGCUACUAAGGCACGCUAGACGCCAACGUGGCGAGAAGAUUGUAGACCGCAAAAUUAUCCGGGCUCCCUGUCGGCCCGAGCGCGGCGUCGUACGCGGAAAGCUGCACAAGCGCCAGGCAAGGAACGGCGAGGAGGAGGGCGGUGCCAAUUUCUACGGCGGCCUUUUUGCUCGAUGAUGGGCCCUCCUCGAUCACGAGUGGAGCCUCCUCGCCAUGCAGCCCGCGCAUCCGCAGGUAGGCUUUGGCAUCCAAGGCUGGGGUGGCGGCCGGCUUAGCGUGCGCCGACGAGUCUGAGUCUGCAUCGCAGGUGGAAACUGUCUCCUCGAGGAGGGAGAGUACCGGGCGUGGACGACGACGGAGACGCGACGUGCGCCGAUUCGAUGAAACGGUGAGAGCGCAGGUAGAGGCGACGAUAGCCAGGAGCGCCACAGCGCGAAACGGUGCCGACAUAUGGACGCACCUUGAUUGCAAG